UUCUGUCUGGGGGGGGAUGUGCGGUGGGUGAAGCGGGCCGAGGGCCGGGACGGCAGCGGUGGCUCCUGGCGUUUUGAGGCGAGGAGCGGGCCGGGCUCUGGGCGCGGGGCGAGGCGAAGGGGCCUCUGGCGCCGCGUCGCGAAACUUCUCACCCGCCCGCGUCGCUUUGUGCGGCCCCGGCGUAGGAGCCGAGCGUGCGGGUGAGCGGGCGGGCGCAGGGAGUCCCGCUCCGACGGGUAACUUCCCGCAGUCCGCGCGGACUUCUCCUCACGGCGGUGCCGCGCCGCCGCCUGGGCCCGCGCGAUGGGGAGCGGCGCCGGCCGCCGGGGGAACGCGGCGGCGGCGGCGGCGGGAGCCGGCGCCACCUGCCCCGCACUCUGCUGCUGAGCCGGCAGCCGGAGGCGCCCCGAGCGCCGCGGAGGAGCCGCCCGCCUGGCAUCGCCCCCCGGCAGCUAUUUCUGAGGAGUUACGGACCUGGAGGAGCAGAGUAAUAGAAUGAGCUCUCCUGUGGACCCCAAGAUUAAACAGGCUUUGCGAAAGAAACCAUCAGAAAGGACUCCGGAGGACUUAAAUACUAUCUAUUCUUUCCUUCAUGGACUGGACAUACUCUCACAUUUCAGGGAACAUCAGCUAAGAAUAAUGUCAUCAAGUGCCCGCUAUGAGAGGUACAAGGGCAACCAGGUUCUCUUUUGCUCAGAAACUAUUGCAAGAUGCUGGUAUAUACUGCUUUCUGGAUCUGUGCUCAUGAAGGACUCCAUGUUUUUACCACCUUGCAGUUUUGGCAAGCAGUCUGGAGGAAAACGAGGAUGCGAAUGUAUCAUAUUGGAGCCUUCAGAAAUGAUUGUGGUGGAGAACUCCAAAGACAAUGAGGAAAACAUCUUGCAAAGAGAAGUCCCGCUCAGGCAGUCCCGUCGGAGGUUUCGGAAGAUCAACCAGAGGGGCGAGCGUCAGACCAUCACUGACAACGUGGAUGCCAGCAGUUACCUGUCGCUUCCAGCUGAUCUUACCAAGAUGCAUCUCACCGACAAUCCUCAUCCUCAGGUGACUCACGUCCCUUCAAGCCAGUCAGGAUGUAGCAUUGCCAGUGAUUCUGGGAGCAGCAGCCUGUCCGAUAUUUAUCAGGCUACAGAAAGUGAGAUGGGAGACGUUGAUUUAACAGGUCUUCCAGAAGCACCUGUAGACUCUGAAGAUGAAGAGGAGGAGGAGGAUGAAGAUAUUGACAGAACUUCAGAUCCGCUUCUUGGGCGAGAUGUUGUACGAGAGUGCCUUGAGAAAGAGCCUGCAGAUAAAACUGAUGAUGAUAUUGAGCAAUUAUUGGAAUUUAUGCAUCAACUCCCUGCCUUUGCAAACAUGACUAUGUCUGUGAGAAGAGAACUUUGCUCAGUGAUGAUAUUUGAAGUAGUAGAGCAAGCAGGAGCCAUCAUACUUGAAGACGGCCAAGAACUCGAUUCUUGGUACGUUAUUUUAAAUGGCACAGUUGAAAUCAGCUAUCCUGAUGGGAAGAGUGAGAGUCUCUGUAUGGGAAAUAGUUUUGGGAUUACUCCCUCUCUGGACAAACAGUACAUGAAUGGAGUGGUCAGAACCAAAGUAGAUGAUUGUCAGUUUGUGUGUAUAGCCCAGCAAGACUACUGGAGGAUUCUGAACCACGUGGAAAAAAACACUCAUAAAGUGGAGGAAGAAGGAGAAAUUGUUAUGGUAAAGGAGCACAGGGAGCUGGAUCGCAGUGGAACCAGGAAAGGACACAUAGUUAUCAAGGCAACACCUGAGCGACUCAUCAUGCACUUAAUAGAAGAACAUUCUAUUGUGGAUCCAACCUACAUUGAAGAUUUCCUUUUAACGUACAGAACGUUUCUAACAAGUCCCCUGGAAGUUGGAAAUAAACUCUUGGAAUGGUUCACAGUGGACAGCCUCAGGGAUAAGGUUACCAGAGUGGUCUUACUGUGGGUGAACAAUCAUUUUAAUGACUUUGAAGGAGAUCCUGCUAUGACUCGAUUUCUGGAAGAAUUUGAAAAGAACUUGGAAGAUACGAAAAUGAAAGGACAUCUCAGAUUGCUGAAUAUUGCCUGUGCUGCCAAAGCAAAAUGGAGACAAAUUACCCUGCAAAAACCUUCUAGAGAUUCACCACUGUUUUUCAGCCUCCUUGGAGGAAGCGACAAGGGGUUUGGUAUUUUUGUAGAGACUGUGGAAAUGGGCAGUAAAGCAGCAGAAGCUGGACUCAAGCGUGGCGAUCAGAUAAUGGAAGUAAAUGGACAGAAUUUUGAGAACAUUACCUUUGUAAAAGCUCUGGAAAUCUUAAGGAACAACACUCAUCUCUCCAUUACUGUAAAAACAAACAUUUUUGUGUUUAAGGAGCUGCUCUGCAGGAUAGGACAAGAGAAGAAUGGAAUUCCACAUAUUCCAAAAAUUGCAGAAAAGAAAAACAACCGUUAUUCCAUCCCAGAUAUGCCUGGAGAUGUGGAACAGAUGUUUCCCCGUGAAAAAGGAAACAAGAAAAUGAAAGCAAACACUGUAUCUGGUGGGAGAAACAGAAUCAGGAAAAUUUUAGACAAGACCCGAUUCAGCAUCUUGCCUCCAAAACUGUUCAGUGACGGCAGCGUGAGCCAGUCGCAGGACGACAGCAUUGUGGGGACUCGGCAGUGCAGACACAGCCUGGCCAUCAUGCCUAUUCCGGGAACGCUCUCAUCCAGUAGCCCUGACCUCUUGCAGCCUACAACUAGCAUUCUGGAUUUCUCUAAUCCUUCAGCUGUUGGGUUUUACUAUAUUCCGGAUCAAGUAAUUAGAGUUUUCAAAGCAGAUCAGCAGAGUUGUUACAUUAUCAUCAGCAAAGACACUACAGCAAAAGAGGUUGUGAGUCAUGCCGUCCACGAAUUCAACUUGACGGGAGCUCCGGACACCUACUCCCUCUGCGAAGUGUCGGUCAGCCCCGAGGGAGUCAUCAAGCAACGGAGACUCCCAGAUCAGUUCUCAAAAUUGGCCGACAGGAUUCAACUCAACGGACGGUAUUAUCUAAAAAACAAUAUGGAGACAGAGACAUUGUGCUCAGAUGAGGAUGCUCAAGAGCUACUGAGAGAAAGCCAGAUUUCCCUCCUACAGCUGAGCACCAUUGAGGUCGCCACUCAGCUUUCCAUGAGGGACUUUGAAUUAUUUCGCAAUAUCGAGCCUACAGAAUACAUCGAUGACCUUUAUAAGCUGGACUCCAAAACAGGAAAUGCUCACCUGAAACAGUUUGAGGAUGUCAUAAAUCAAGAGACGUUCUGGGUUGCCAUGGAAAUUUUAGCAGAGCCCAACCAACUCAAAAGAAUGAAGAUUAUUAAGCAUUUCAUUAAAAUUGCCCUCCACUGUCGAGAAUGCAAGAACUUCAAUUCCAUGUUCGCGGUUAUAAGUGGGUUAAACCUAGCACCGGUAGCGCGUCUCAGAGGCACUUGGGAAAAGUUACCGAGCAAGUAUGAAAAGCACCUCAGAGACCUUCAAGAUCUUUUUGAUCCAUCUCGAAACAUGGCAAAAUACCGCAACAUCCUUAGCAGCCAGAGCAUGCAGCCUCCAAUUAUUCCACUUUUUCCUGUUGUCAAGAAGGAUAUCACAUUUCUGCAUGAAGGAAAUGAUUCCAAAGUGGAUGGCCUGGUAAAUUUUGAGAAACUCAGAAUGAUUGCCAAAGAAAUUCGCCAAGUUGUCAGAAUGACCUCAGCAAACAUGGAUCCGGCUGUAAUGUUCAGACAAAGGAAGAAGAGGUGGAGAAGUUUGGGAUCUCUGAGCCAGGGCAGCACAAACUCGAACAUGCUGGAUGUACAGGGAGGAGCUCACAAAAAACGUGCCCGACGCAGCUCACUUCUGAAUGCCAAGAAGCUGUACGAGGAUGCCCAGAUGGCGAGGAAAGUGAAGCAGUACUUGUCCAACCUGAAUGUAGAGACAGACGAAGAAAAAAUCCAAAUACUGUCACUUCAGUGUGAGCCUGCCUAUAGCACACUGACAAAGAAUUUAAGCGAGAGAAGAGGAGCAAAAUCCUCAGAAAUGUCUCCAGUCCCCAUGAGAUCCAUUGGCCAAACCACUAAAGCCCAUCAGCAUCAACAAAACAGGAUGAGUCAAGUUCUUCAGGUUCCAACUGUGAAUUUAUACCCCAGUAGGAAAAAGGGACUGACAAAGGAUCAUGUCACAUUCAGUACAGGCUCCCCACAGAAGUCAUUAAGCUUGUCUGAGGAAGUAAGUAGUAAGAAACAAACAGAUGACACCAUGUCCAUGGCAUCUUCUUUGCACUCCAGCCCACCUGCUUCUCCUCAGGGCUCUCCACGCAAAGUUGGUAACAUCCAAAGGUCCGAUAACUGCAGUCAGAUGAAUCUCUCUGGCUCUUCCUCAUCACUCGCCAGUGAAACCAGCAACAAGAACAGUGGACAGCGCAGCUACGGAAUAGGCUACGCCCUCAUACCUUCCACUAAAUCCGAUAACUUCUCGGACUCCAGUCACAGUGAGAUUUCAUCCCGGUCCAGCAUUGUGAGCAACUGCUCAGUGGACUCGAUGUCGGCAGCGCUGCAGGACGAGAGGAGUUUGUCGCAGUCUCUCAUUGUGGUGGAUUCGGGGGGAGCAGAGAGAAAAGAGCAUCCUCAGCCGCUGGCUGACUACGGCCAGCCGUGCCCAGGCUGGUCAAUCACUAGACCUGCUCUCAUCAGAGGGAUGGCUUUCACGUCCUCCAUGAGCAAUGAGGAGAUCUCCCACGAACAUAUCACCGUAGAGGCAGCAGAUAGCGGCCGGGGAAGCUGGACUUCAUGCUCAAGUAGUUCUCAUGACAACUUCCAGAACAUCCCAAACCAGAAGAGCUGGGAUCUCUUCAAUUCUUACCGUCACACCCAGCUGGACGGACCUAUAGCUGAAGUCGAUCCCACAAACUGUUACUCUGAGGAGGCUUAUUUGUAUUCUGAAGCCUUUUCCAAAACCAACAGACAGUCGAAAGCCAGCGUGGAGCUCGAUCAGUCUCGGCAGAGCUGGGCCUCCUCCAGCUCGCUGUCAGACACCUACGAAACAAACUAUGGGACGAUUAAGCGGAGGGGGCUGGAGAACUCUACAGCAGAGCAGACGGAGGUUUUGGACUCUAAACCAGGCGCUGAUACAACUUACAAAACUGUUACUUCGAGUACAGAAAAAGGCCUGAUAGUGUACUGUGUCACCUCACCUAAGAAGGACGAUAGGUAUAGGGAGCCACCGCCCACCCCUCCGGGAUAUAUGGGGAUUUCUUUAGCGGACAUAAAGGAAGGAUCGCCCCACCACCCACACCUAAAACCUCCAGACUAUAGUGUGGCAGUGCAGAGGUCAAAGAUGCUGCCCAGUGACCUCUCUAGACUUUCAUCAGCUGCUCUCGGUAGUGAACCGGUGGCCUGUAUUUCAUCGAAGAUGCCUCAGUGGCAUAGUCGGCAGCCGUCCAACCCCAAACUAGCAGAUAUGACUGACGCAGAUAGUGAAGAGGAUGAAGAUGAACAAGUAUCAGCAGUCUAACCGUUGGGCUAUUUAUGUGAACCACUUCACCACAGAAGGGAUGUGGGGAGAAGGACCACACGAUCUGUUAGCGAACGCUAACAACUUGCUGCUACUAACCUCAAACUUUUGUGUUUGCCUCUGUCAUGGAUGAGAUGGAACGGGUUGGAUCACGUCUCUCUACCUUACUUCAGUCUACCACCGCCUAAAAAAAGCUAUUUCUGCCUCUGAAAUAGAAAACCGUUUUCAAGGAGCUUACUGACUACCUGGAUGCCGACGUUGGUAUCCAGAGAUGGACCAGGCUUCAUGCAUUUGGAAGGACCAGUUGUCACCACCACUUGACGCUUGGAAACAUUCUUCUGUAUGAUACCAUAUAAUCCUUUGGUAGUUUUUCAUCGUUGUUAUUUUCUACAUGACCAUGAUAAGUCUAAGAGUGUUAUUUUAUGAACUUUAAGAAAAAAAAUAUAUCAGAAAGUCAGCAAAAGCGAAGGACAUUGCUGAAGUAUCUGAAAAUAAUUUAUUAAUUUAAUUUUUUUUUGGAUGGGAAUUUCCUUUAUUUGAGUUGGGAGUGCUCUGGUUGGCUAAUUAAAUGUUUAGUCAAUGUGAUAGUAAAUUAGCUACACAUAAACUGUUAUGCUCUCAAAAUAAACACAGAAAACUAGAAACGGGACAUUAUCAGGUACAGAAAUACGUGGAUUUUAGAGUGGUGUUAGAUUAAAUAGAGCACAAAGCCCUGCAGAGCGGCGUGUCAGGCAGGCAGCCCUGCCGUCUGCUGCUCCCCUCCUACACGGACACAGCAAAAUCCCUCUGCCCUUGAAGUAUUUUUGGAAAUUUUUUAGUUGCAAGCCAACUAAGGCAAUAGUUGCUGCUCUCCUCCCCUGUUUAGGGAUCCUUUGAACAAAUGAGGAGCUGUUAGGGGGGUUUGAAGCUUUCCCAGAAGAGCUUUAACCAAGUUUUGCUCUGCAAUGUUCAGCAUGCAAAGCAUGUUGCUAGAAACCAAAAUGAAACCCUGUGUUGUGGGUUUUAAGAUCAUCCCACGCGUUCUGGCCUUUUACCAGAGUUGCACAGGAUUUAGGUGCAAAGGUUAUCUUCUAAAAAAAAAAAAAAAAAAACACAAAAA